AUGGAUGAUAUUAAAGAUGAACUCGUAUACUGGAAAACAGCAGUUAUAUGCUACGUAUUGGGAUCAAAUCCACAUUUGACUGUAAUCGAUGGAUAUUUCAGAAGAAUAUUGGGAGGUUUGGGGAUAGAUAAAAUUGCACAAAUAAAUAGACGAGUGUUCCUGAUUAGAUUUCACACUGUUGAAAGUAGAACUCAAGUCAUUGAAGAGGGAGUCCAGAUGUUUGAUAAAAAGCCUAUUGUAGUGAAGCCUUGGGAACCAGAUGUGGAUGUAAGUAAGGAAAAUGUGGAUAGAAUUCCAGUGUGGAUAAGGCUGAAAGGUCUGGAUAUCAAGUAUUGGGGGAAGAAUGCCUUAACAAAGAUAGCUGGAUUGAUUGGGAAGCCAUUAAAAGUAGAUAGAGCAACUACAAACAAGGAGAGAUUAGCAUUUGCCAGAGUACUCGUGGAACUGUCAAUUAAUCAACAAUACCCUAAGCAGGUUAUGUUUGAGAAUGAGGUGGGGGAGAAUAGUAAAGCAAGAGAUUGUAGAAAACUACAUAGAGAAGAAGCAGAAACUAGGAGAAAGCAGCUGGAACAGGGGGAGAAAGCAACAGAAGGCCCUAUUCAGAACAAGGAGAACAAAAGAGAUGAAGGCAAAGCUAAAGAGAAAGUGUCAGAGAAAGCAACAGAAGCCCCUAUUCAGAAUAAGGAGAACAAAAGAGAUGAAGGUAAAGAUAAAGGAAAAGUGUCAGAGAAACAACAGAACAAUCCCAUGGCUAUAACAACAAGAAAUACAUUUGAGGUGCUCAACAAAGGAGGAGACAUAGAGGAACUGAGGCAGAAUAAAGCUAGUUCUUCCAACCCUAAGGGAGAAGUAGUGGUGAAGGGUCCAGGACAUGGGAGGGGUGGGGCAAGACCCCUGCCCAAUGGAUAA